UCUGGACCCAGUGGAAAAAUCGAGUCAGUCUGUUUUUUUUUUUAAUAAAAAUUACCCGCCCUUUUUUAAUUGAAGAUAGUCUCGGGCCAUCUUUUUUUUAAAAAAACUAACAUUUUAAUUUCAUUUUAAAUUUCUCCAAAAAAAACUCAGAAGAUGAAAUGUUACAUUCUCCUGGUAACGGUCACAGCUGUGGCUCUGCAGUUAUGCGGGGUUUCUCAAGGAUCACUUGUGAUCAAGGAGCAGAUAAAUGGAAUCAUUUUGGAAUGUCCACACAGUAAAUCCUGGAAAAAGGAUGGAAUAAAGUACAAUAAGGUGAUGGACAAUGGGAAUGUCAUACUCUCGACGCUGUCAGACAGUGAUUCUGGAGAAUACAGCUGUGCAGAUGAUCAUGGAAAUUCUUCAGCUUUGGUGUUUGUCAGACUUUGUAGGAACUGUGUGAAGCUGGAUCCUGGUACCAUCUCAGGGAUUGUGGUUGGGGACAUCAUUGCCACCACCUUGAUCGCUCUGGCUGUUUACUUUGUGGUAUCUUCCAACAAGGACAAAGCUUCCAAUGAGUCUGAGAAUCAGAACCUCAUUCCUCAUGAUCACAACGAUCUUUAUCAGGAUCUUGGGACACGAAGGGGAAGCUGUGAAUACAGCCAGCUCUCCCCCCGCCUGAAAAUAUAACCCACUCUCCUGAGACUGACCCAACAGCAAUGCUUACCACCUCGUUCACUGCUUUCCUGUUACUCAAUAAUGUUUUUCAUGUUAUUCGGUAAUGUUUUUCUGACCUUUCGUUGUUGUUAAUGAGUCUAUACAAGAUCGAUGCAAAUUCAGCGACUGGUUCAACUCCCAGCCUUAUCCCUGUUACCUCUCGUCAUAUAGCACAGUGACAAUUACAAACAGGUUAAUAGUUUGCUAAGAGCUUUUGUGAGCAUUCUGUGGGGUAAACAAUUGUUUAGGUUUCACUUCCAGCGAUCUCUCAUUCUAGCUGUUCAUUUGAUAUUUUUUGAGAGAGUAUAGAAUGCUUUAGCAAGAGUGAAGGUCUGGGAGAGGAGUUAUGGUGGGGGAAGAUAUUAGACAGGGUGACCUUCGGAGGAAAUAACUCUACUCUAUAUUUCAGCUCAGGAGCUGGUUUCAGUUUCCUCCAGAUCCUUUUAGUCGCUUGAUUUGAUGGAACCCAGGUCUUGCUUAAAACAGAGUUGUGCUGUUGGAGGUUUUCACCUUAUACUCAUCAGGACAGAAUCACAAGAAUACUAAAUCCCAAAGGGAACACCAAUUUAUACUGCAUGAGGAAAAGAUGCUGAUUGGUUUGCAAAUCAGCUCUGCCAAUGCCUUGACCAAAGGUAAUGCACUAGUUAGCUCUGAUUCUGCAUUUGGACAGCACUUGCUGGACAAUCUGGAGUGUGCCAAGAACUUUACUCACAACCAAUCGAAGAUUGGUCACAUUGUAGCUCAUGUAUACUUGCUGCAAGCUGCAUCUAUUCAUACGCAGUGACUUGCCUUUUGCAGGCAAAGAGAUUUUGUCCAGAUAUUGCAGCUUUUUACAAUUAAACAAAAGCGUGGGACAGUCGUUCUCUGGUGCAAUCUGUGGCAAUGUCUCAAUCAAUCUGAUUUAACUUGCCAGCCCUUCAGCACCCUCUCCUCAUGCAGUAUAAAUUGUUGUUUACUUUGGGAUUCGGAAUUCUUGUGAUUCUGUCCUGAUAAGUACGAGAUGAAAUACUCUUAACAACGUGUUUUUUUCAGCAGUAAAGAUGCAUUUCAUUUUCAGACAAGUUUAGGAUUUUAGUUUGCCGUAAUCAGCACUGUUUUUUAUUUGUUGCUUUAUAAACACAGUCUGCUCUUUAUUGACUUAAUUCCAUGGGCUGAGAGGCAGCUUUCUGAAGUGGAUAAUGUGUUUAGUUCUUUUCCAUGCUAAUGACUCGUAUAUACUUCCUUUUAGAAUAAGCAGGGAGCAAGAGCUAUCCAUCCCUAACAGCAUUUAAGAUUUGAUUUGAUUUAUUGUAGUCACAUGUGCAUAAGUACAGUGAGAAAUUUUGUUUUGCGAGCAGUACAUACAGAUCAGAGGGUGCUUAGACAGAGCGAGGAUUACAGGUUACACUGCACAGGAGGUGCACAAAGCAAGAUGACCAUUAGAUUUGAAAUUAGAGAGGUUGUAUCUAGGUUUUGCUUUGAAAAGUUAUUUUGGAUUUUUUGGGGCUUUUUAAGAUGCUGAGGAACAUAUGGAUUUAAACAGUCUAUUAUCUUAAACCAUAAACCCAUUGACUAGGAGAGAAUGGUUUGUGCACCAAUAUCCCACAGUCCUGAUCCCAACUCCCUCUGCGGUAGUCGGGGGAGCAGGCCAGGAUUAAAACUGACAGGGAUUAGUGAGUGAAAUUGACAAUCACAGGGAUCAGUGGAGGCAGUGAGAACCGUUCCAUUUAUUCCAUAUGACAUGGAUCAAUGGCCAGUGAAAUACACAGGACUGUGAUCAGGGUCCCCUCCUGGAGGAUUUUGGGAAAAAUAAACAUGGCCACUAGGGCAUCUCAUAAUAGUUAGAGAUCCUUGCUCUCUCAUACACAUCCACCAACUGGAACAUAAGAUAUAGGAGCAGGAGUAGGCCAUUCAGCCCCUUGAGCCUUUUCUGCCAUUCAAUACGAUCCUGGCUGAUCUCCUCUCAUCCUCAACUUCACUU